GCCGUGGCAAUAAAAGCCCUCCUCAGGCAGAUAACUUUUUCUUCUGGUUUAGUUUGGACAACAAAGCUGAGUGAAAAUGCCACCAUGGUGACGAAGUGCUCCCAUGCAAUGAAGUCCUUCCCUCGCGACCUUUUCUUCUUCCCGUUAUGCAAUGUUUUCCUGCUGUGUGUACCAGCGGGGUGGACAGGCCUAUUUCUCUCCCCUGUCUUGGGACAGGCUGUGUGUAUGCCUCAGUUUGAGAAGAACACGGUACACAUGAAGGACCCGGAGAGGGUGGAGCAGAUCAUCUGUAGCAUGAUCAAAGGAGGAGCAUCCAAACUACAGAUCAUCACAGAUUUUGACAUGACGUUAAGCAAAUUUGCCGUCAACGGAAAACGCUGCCCGACAUGUCACAAUAUUAUUGAUAACUGUAAGCUAGUGACGGAAGACUGCAGAGAGAAGCUUCUACAGCUGAAGAAUAAAUACUAUCCCAUUGAGAUCGACCCCCAGCUCACGAUGGAGGAGAAGUACCCCUUCAUGGUGGAAUGGUACUUUAAGUCCCACACGUUAUUGGUGGAGCAGAGGCUGCAGAAGGACAAACUGCCCGAUAUUGUGCGAGAGUCAGACUCAGCCCUCAGGGAGGGCUACGAGCACUUCUUCGACCGCCUCCACCAGCACAGUGUGCCCGUGUUCAUCUUCUCCGCAGGUCUGGGGGACGUGUUGGAGGAGAUCAUCAGACAGGCUGGGGUCUACCUCCCCAACGUCAAGGUGGUCUCCAACUUCAUGGACUUUGACGACAACGGCAUCCUGAAAGGCUUCAAGGGAGAACUGAUCCACGUGUACAACAAGCAUGACGGGGCCCUGCGCAACACAGAGUACUUUAAGCAGUUCAAGGACAACACCAACAUCAUCCUCAUGGGUGAUUCCCUGGGAGACCUAAACAUGGCCGACGGCGUGCCCAACCGGGAGAACAUACUGAAGAUCGGAUUCCUCAAUGACAAGGUGGACGAGCUGCUGGACAAGUACCUGAACUCCUACGACAUUGUGCUGGUGAAGGACGAGACGCUGGAGGUGCCCAACGCCAUCCUGCAGAAGAUUCUAUAAUCACAACCCCACUGCUCCUCAUCCCACCACACUAGACACUGCCCAGACCAACCCCGGUCGCUAUGGCAGUGGUCCAAGACUGCGAUUUUGCUGCAGCCCCACUAAGCCCCAGCUACAUCCCAACGACGACCACUAGGUGGCCUCUCCCAUUCUCAGAUCGGUCUGAGGUUGUCACCAACUGCAGCAGCACAGACUGAAUGGCCAAUGGCUCGUCCUCCUGAAAAGACUUCUUUCCUUGACUCCUCAGUGAACUCUUUUAAGAACCCCCACCCACGAGCGUCUGUCUUUGUGUGUCUGCUUAAGUUUGUAACACUCGUCACCUAUGUUCUGUUUGACCUGUAUUAUAAAAGAAAACACUUACGAAAAAAUACAUGAACUCUUAUUAUUUGCACAUUGAUACUUGUAUCAUUCAUGUGAUUAUUUUUGAUAUUGUAAUGCUCAUAUCAAUGCAGGUUUGCAUAUCAUAAACUGAAUCAUGGCAUAUGGUGCUCUCCUAUUGGUCAGUCUCCCCAGCAUGCAUUGUAGAAUGUCUUCCUAUCGGCUAAUAUCCUUCCACUUAUAUCCUCGUAGGCAUUUCACUCAAGAUGUGUACAUAAACAUAUAUAUCUACAUGGCUCUGUUGUCAUAGGAACCAAACAAUAUGAGGGUACGAUCAGAUGACACUUUGGAAUGUUUCUCCUAUUCAGGACACCUGGAGUUUUUUUUUCAACGACGCAAAUAAGUAUGUUAAAAUAUUAUACAGGCAUUUAAUUUAAAACCGCAAGGACAGAGUAUGGCUGCCAGAAAAUAUUUUAACAUAAAAUAGUAAUAUAGUUUUCCAAUAUUGGCAACAGAAAAAACACUAGGAUGUCUGCCUGGUCGCCGGGCGAAGAUCCAUCUGUAUCCUCUCAGUCUAUCUGUUCAGGCAUCUGGUUACAGUACACUUCAUACCAGUGAUCUCAGGUUUAUUUAAGAAGGCAAAGUGGGAAAUACCCUGAUUGUUAACUUGGCAGAGAGAGGGGAACUACACACCACGGCUCUCCUCAGUAGUCGACAACACCUCUAAUUUUAAUGUCAUCGCAAUAACACAAGUACCAUCUUAUGAAAAUACCAAAACACUUGUCUAGCAGUGUCUUCCCAAUAUUCAAAAAAUCACUGGGGAGACAGCUUAAUGUCAGCAAGAUGGGUGUCAAUGUUCAGCUGUUGAUGUUAAGGGUGGAGGCAUCUUGUGAAGCGCUUUAAAGUAUUGUUGACAGCAGCCUGGCUUCAACACCACAAGCAGAUAUCUCAACACAGAGAUAAGCCUCUUCUAUGCCAAUUUUCCUCAAAGUCCCAUUUGAAUACAACACAAGUGCAGAGGAUGCCUCUGCCCUCGAGCAGCCUUUGUGUAGAAGGAGAUUGGGACCGGCAGUGGUGUUAACUGCAGCUCAUCCAUAGCCUACUCAAAGUCAUAUUUGGUGUUUAUUUUUUCACACACGAUAAUUAAAUAUGAAAAAGUUCAGAUUCUAAUUAAACGCUACCUCUAAGAAAAAUAUGUGUGAUUUAUAUUUAUGGGAUACUGUCAGAGCCUAGAUUCGCUCUACAUCCGUUAUAACUUACUUAUGUUGGUUUUUCUCUAUAUAGGUGUGAUUCAAACGUGUUGCGAUCACCUGCAUGUUGCCUUUUCUUAUAGCUGAGUUAAAGAAUUUGGAAAACAGUACUCUGAAUAAAAUGUGGGAUGAUGUC